AAGAGGAGGAGGGCAGACAACGCCCACUCCUUCAGCCUCAGAGGCAGGGACUUCAAUGCAUGCUGCUGCCAACCCAUCCCGCUGCGAGUCUCUCGCCACCCCCCGCCGCCAGACGGAGGGUCUGCAGGCCCGCUUGCCCUUCCUUGCAGGGCUGGGGAGAAGCAGCAGGCAGGCUCCAGGCCGCAGGAGCACAGGGGCCGCGCGCCGGGCUCUCCUCGCCCCCGGGAGGAGGCGGGGGCGUGGCGGCGGCGGCGGCGCUGCUGCUUUGUGCCCGGAGCCGAGCCGAGCCGAGCCGGGCUAGGACGGGCGGGGGCGAGCUCAGCUCGCCUGCCCCCAGCAGCCCGGGAGGACCCGAAGCGGCGUUGCACAGGAAGUAGCGGCUGCCGGGAGAGCGGCGGAGACAGCAGCAUCUGCCGCACUCAAUGAAAGAGACGCGCCGGCAGCCAGGCAGUCGCCACGCUCCGACCCCAGCAGCCCGGGGCAGGCUCUGAGCAGGCGGCGGCCGAGGGGCAGGAGUCGAGUCGGGCAGGAGAAGCUCCCGCUAAUCCGGAGGCAGGACAGUUAUUCUGAGCGAAGGACCCUGCAAGGCCUACUAAGCGGUUAUCAUGGGCUUAAUUGCAUUUUUGAAGACUCAGUUUAUAGUUCAUCUUCUCAUUGGGUUUGUCUUCGUUGUGAGUGGGUUGAUCAUUAACUUCGUCCAACUAUGCACGCUAAUCCUCUGGCCUAUAAACAAGCAGUUUUAUCGCCGAGUAAACUGUCGCCUUGCCUAUUCGCUCUGGAGCCAGUUAGUAAUGUUGCUGGAAUGGUGGUCAGGCACAGAAUGUACUUUAUUCUCAGACCAGGCCACAGUGGAUAAAUUUGGAAAAGAACAUGUCAUCAUCAUCUUGAAUCACAACUUUGAAAUUGACUUCUUGUGUGGUUGGACCAUGACUGAACGCUUUGGAGUGUUGGGGAGUUCCAAAGUUCUUGCAAAGAAAGAACUCUUGUAUGUGCCCUUGAUUGGUUGGACGUGGUACUUCCUUGAGAUCGUUUUCUGCAAGAGGAAAUGGGAGGAAGACAGAGAUACAGUUAUUAAGGGAUUAAAAUGUUUGUCUGAUUAUCCUGAAUAUAUGUGGUUUCUCCUAUAUUGUGAAGGAACUCGUUUUACAGAAACCAAGCAUCGUAUUAGCAUGGAAGUGGCUGAAUCCAAAGGGUUGCCUAAAUUGAAAUAUCAUCUGUUGCCCAGAACCAAAGGUUUCACCACUGCUGUCCAGUGUCUCAGGGGAACAGUUUCAGCAGUGUACGAUGUAACACUAAACUUCAGAGGAAACAAAAACCCAUCAUUAUUAGGAAUCCUUUACGGAAAGAAAUAUGAAGCAGAUAUGUGUGUAAGGAGAUUUCCUCUUGAAGAUAUCCCUGUAGAUGAAAAGGAAGCUGCAAACUGGCUUCAUAAACUGUACCAGGAAAAGGAUGCUUUACAAGAGAUGUAUAAUCAGGAAGGCAUAUUUCCCGGCCGUCAGUUUAAACCUCCUAGAAGACCAUGGACUCUACUAAACUUUCUAUUCUGGGCUACUGUUCUGCUCUCUCCUCUCUUCACAUUUGGUUUUGGAAUUUUUUCAAGUGGCUCACCCCUUCUUAUUCUCGCAUUUCUGGGAUUUGUUGGAGCAGCUUCCUUUGGAGUUCGUAGACUGAUAGGAGUAACUGAAAUAGAAAAAGGCUCCAGCUAUGGCAACCAAGAAUUCAAGAAGAAGGAAUAACUCACAGUUGCAGCACAGCACAUAUAACCAGACUAUGGUAUCAAAUUAACUUCAUUAAAAGAACCACUUAGAAACUAUCUUUUUCUUAUUAACUGAUGACUAAUAUUAAUGAAUAAUACUUGAGCCAAGAGUGAAGACAUUGGAAGAAUCAAGAGAAGAGAAAACAUCAGCUUUUUGUCUGUUUAAGGACCACUGUAUUCAAACUUGGGGUAAAAUUCGGGGGCUAAAAAAUGGUAACUUUUUGCUUUGCAGUGGGGCCGAGAAAUAUUGGACACAGCUACCUACUUCUUCAAGGCAACCAGUCACGCUGGUUUCUCUUUCAAGAAUCUGACACUCACUUUGCAGUAUGAGCCAUUGAAUGUUUCCUCUUGCUAAAGCCAAUUUAAUAUAUGUUGUUUUCCCAGCAUCAGUGCUGAGUAUGCUCCAGGAAACACAGUCCAUCUUAAAUUCACUGACAGCAGUUUCUUGGGUGAAAGCCAUUUGGAAAGGCCAUUUUAUCAUGACUACAGACAAUAUCAUAUUUGUAUACAUUUUUUAUUUUCAGGCAACAUCAUAUCUUUUCUGUACCACAAGAAAAUGGAUAAUGGAAUUUUGAAGGAAGUGAUACCGUAUUGAUAAGCACAUACUGUACAUCAGAUUCACUAGUAUUAAUACAGUUUAAAGGACUUCUCCCUCCUCCCCCAUCUGUUGGUCAAGGCUCAGUUAAAGCUUCUAUACACCACUUCGGUGGUUUGAGCAAUAUGGGCCUUGCUUCAUACUUAACAUGUUUUGGAUCUGUUUUGGUUUGCUUUGCUUUUUUAAGUGAAUGGUAAGCCCUGAGAUUUGGUCCAGUGUAAAGAAGGCUAUUUACUCAAUUGUACUGAAGUUUCUUCCUUCUGUUCAUGUUUGUCAUUACCAAAGUCCCACUGGUUGUCCCCAACAGCAGUCUACUGUGAAAAUCAGCAUAAACCAGCACCGAAGUCCUGGGAAAGGAUCAUUCUUUUUUGUCUGCAGCAAUGUACGAAAGAAAAGUUACUAUUAGUGUCUUUCAUGCAGUGAUACUCAGAUUUCAGUGAUUCAGGAAUCAAAUUAGCUUACCUUACCCAAGAAGUGCCACAGUAGUGUGAAUUCAUUGUUUCAUUCACUAUAAUACUGCACAUUCAUAUUUAAAUAGUAUGAUGGGAAAUAUUGUGUGUAUGCAUUAUUUUCACAGCAAAAUGAUUGAUCAAGUAUUUUUGCCAACCACUAUUGAUUAAUAACAUAGUAAAAAUAUCCUGAUUGGUUAAUGAUUAAAUCACACUGCAGAAGACACAGUAAGAGCCACUUGUGGCUUGCGCUCAGUCUGAGUAUCACUGCGGUAGUGUUUAGGGGUCAAAAUCCUGGUCCCACUGAAGCCAGUAGGAGUUUUGCCAUUGACUUCAUAAGGGCCAGGAUCCCAUCCCCUACAUUCUGACUAUAGUCUGUGCUGCUUUUCUUAGCUGGCUAUUGUAGGACACUCAUGUGAGAUUUAUCACUAGAUGAGCCAUGUUGUUCGAGGUGUAAACAUUAGAUGGGUGUUGAGGUUUCUUCCGGGGGGUUUAAUAUCUACAAUUUUGAUAACUUGGCUUUUGGGCUUAUUGUUGAACACUGGAGAUCAGAACCUUGGCUACACCCUUUUCUUUCCAGAUGUAUACUGUAAGGUUGUGCAGAGGGCUGUAGAAUGUGUGUUGAGGUUGGUAUUCAUAAAUAUGUGGAAAUCACUUAUCUUGACAUUUAAAGGCCAAAUUCUGCACUCAGUUAUACUCCAGAGGAGGAAGUAGAGUAAGUAUAAAUGAGGGCUGAAUUUGAUCUUAAGUUUCAAAUGAUGUUGUGUUAACUUUCAUCUUCCUGUCUUAACCCAAACUUUUUGAAUUUUUAUUUCAAUUUUGUGAAAGUCAGUUCUCAUUAAAACAUGAUUUUUCUUUGAUGUGGUAGCAAAAGGUAAACGUGUAAUUUCACCUUUUCAUUCUCACUCUAACCUAUUCCCCCACAGUCAUUUGACCAUAAGGAUUUUCUUUUUACUUCAAACUUCAGAGUAAUUUCCUAGCUUACUGAAAUGCUGCAUUUGGGAUUGUUUAUCAAUACUUUCUCAUGUACCUGGCUGUUCACUUCGGAUGAUUUUUAAUACGAGAAUUUUCAGAUUGUCUUAUGGCAUCUAUGUCUUUUGUUAGAGCCAUCCCCAGUUAAGCAUUGCACUCUCAGCUCCUGUGUUAGUAUUGCCAUUCUUCCUCAGAGAGAAAAAAGGGUGCACAACUUUUCUUAACUUCGGUGAAAGCUGAACACUGGCUUCUGAGUGGCAGAAUAUAGCCAUGAUUAUGUGUUUUCUUACCAGGCAUUUUUGUGCUUUUUUUUUUUUUUUUUUUUAAAUAGUUAAAAUUCUGAA